CCCGGUCAUUGGUGGAGCGCAGGACAGCGAGCGGCGCGGUGGAUAGACUGCCGCUACGCUAUUGGGGGAGGGAAGACAAACUGGAUCCGAACAACAAAAUAAGACCAGAUAACAACAAUAUCAAGUUGGAAAUAGAAAGCGCGAUACGCGGCUGCUCGAACAUAUUUACCCGUUAAAAAUACUUUGGAUGUCAGCAUGGCUCAGAUGUUUACUAUAUCAGACAGCGAGUCAGAGCCCUCAGAGGAGGUAGGAGAAACCGAAAAGGACCAAUCAUCUGCCGGAAAGGGGAUGACUAGCGGUCCAAUAGGCCACGCCCUCACUGUGCCUGAGAUGAGACUGGCAGGAGAGGGUCGGUUGAGGAUGAACUCAGAGUCCCAGGCCCAGGAGCUCCAGGGUAGGGGGCCAGGGGUGGAAGGCAUGCCCACAGAUGGAGCAUCUUUCCGGGGUCGCUCCCAGUCGGCCCCCCCUGCCCUCUGGGCGGCCAAGAGAUACGGGCGGCAGCUCCGACGCAUGAGUGACGAGUUUGAUACGUGGCUGGAUAAAGGGGAGAUGAGGCGGGUGAAGAGUGCAGGAGCAGCCAAACAGAUGACCAAGUCCCCCAGCUGGUGGGCGUACCUGUUCAGUCAUAAGGAGACAGAGACAGAACAUACCCCUAUCAUCCCGCCACGAUCAUCUGAGUAAAGAGGAGGAUGGGGGGGGGAGAGGGGGGAGGAAGGCGAGAGAGGUGGAGAAGGGAGAGGAGGAUGGAGGGAGGGAGAGACAGAGGAUGGAGAGAGGGAUGGGCCUACCUGUUCUCUCACCAAGAGACAGAACCCACCCGUAAUCGUACCGCUAUUGAACCACGAUCAUCAGAGUACAGAGAAGGGGAUGUUUCCCAUGCCAAUAAAGCCCCUUGAAUUGAAAUUGGGAGAGAAAAAGAGGGGGACAGAAGAUGGAUUGAGAAAGGGAUAGAUGGGCCUCCCUGUUCUCAGCUGCUACUGAUCCACGAUCAGCAAAGUGUAGAGAGGGAUGGAGGGAGAGGAAGGAGAGAGACAUAUGGAUGGAGGGAGAGGAAAGAGAGAGACAGGAGAGAGGGAGAGGAAAGAGACAGGAGAGAGGGAGAGGAAAGAGACAGGAGAGAGGGAAAGAGGGAGGGAGAGAGAUGGAUAGUGGGAGAGACAGGAGGGAGAGGAAAGUGUUGAGAGGUAGGAGACAGUAAUACAUAAAAGGUCAAUCAAAAUAAAGUAGAGGGUGGAGAGGUAGAAGGAGACAGAUAAAAUGAGACUAAAAGAGGUGGAUGAGACCUUCCCCAUACAAGAACAACUCGUUUUCCAGCAAGAAAUAGAUUUAACUUCACUCUAGUAAAACAUCCACCCAAAGCCCAAGCAGGCCUUUAGUUAAUCAUUUGGACUGUUUCUCCCAUUAACACUAUGCAACACUGAGAGAGUCCAGACACCAUGCACUGAGACAGAACAAAACAAAAUGGAGGUUGGGUUCUCUCAUAAACUCUUCUCCGCCUCAAUUAAUCUCUCCUUGUUUCCUCGUAUCCUAUUUCCUCCUCAACCUCCCUCCCUUCCCCCUGACCUUCUUCUCCAAUGCAUUUUUAGAAGAACACGAGGAGCGGUGGGGUAAGGAAUCAAGGAAAGAUGGAUUGAGAAUGAGUGUUAAUGUGGUUGUAUCCCAAAUGGCAGCCUAUUCCCCACAGGCUCUGGUCUAAAGUAGUGCACUACAUAGGGAAUAGGGUGCCAUAGGUCCUGGUCUAAAGUAGUGCACUACAUAGGGAACCGGGUGCCAUUUGGGACAGAGACCGUGUGGUAGUUAGCAACCACAACCACCGCCAUCUUAGAGUGAUGGCUGCACUCCAACAACUAGCCCCAUUUCAAAAUAAAUGUCUCAAAUAUGAAGAACCAUCUUGUGGUUAAAUGACAAUCUUUGAUAGCAGUGCUAAUGAUGUGUUUUGUAUUAAACAAGAACUGCAGGGGAACCUUUUAUCAGACAAUAGAAAUGAAUUUAACUAAGAUGUAGACUUUCAGAGCAAAACCAAUGAGAAUUAAAGACUUGGGUCUUUAAAAACUGUAAAUACUGUUAAUAUUGCAAUGAAUUAAACUAAAAAAAAUGGACAAUAACAUGUGAACUGCUGAACAACAAAAUGUGAUUUUUUUUAAUUAAUGUUACUAUGUAUAUGUCCCAAGUGGUACCCUGUUCCCUAUACAGUGCACUACUUCUGACCAGGGCCUAUAUAGGGAAUAGGGUGCCAUUUGAGACGAAUCCCCUCUGUAAGCUUGUAUCUUUUCUUUUUCUACUUAGAGGUGCUACUGCAAGGUCUUCCGUUGCAGCCCAAAUCAACCCCCUACACUUCCAGGCGGUCCCAAUUCGUUCCCUACCCCCUCGAUGUUAGGGGCUGGAUAGGUAUAAGCAGUGCAGGUGGUUGACCUUUCAAAAAAAAAAAAUCCAUAUCUGUAAACAUUGAAUGGUUAGAGCUCGGGCUCCCGAGUGGCGCAGCGGUCUAAGACACUGCGUCUCAGUGCUAGAGGCGUCACUACAGACACCCUGGUUUGAUUCCAGGCUGUGAUUGGGAGUCCCAAAGGGUGGCGCACAGUUGGCCCAGCGUCGUCCGGGUUUGGCCUGGGGGGGGGUAGGCCGUAAUUAUCAAUAAGAAUUUGUUCUUAACUGACUUGCCUAGUUAAAUAAAAGUUUAGUGUUUAAAAAACCAUGUUUUAUUCAGAUCAGUCCGUCUUUAUAGUGCAACUACUCCUGAUUAGGGGGUAGGGGUUGAUUUGGGAUUCAGCAGUAGCUUCAAUGAUCUGCCUUUCUGUACGAGUCCAGGCCUUUCUCUGUGACUGGGCCAUGGCUGCCAGCACUACCUACCUACCGCCUUAGGCCCCGGGCUCAGUCACACGGCAGAGAAGCACAAACACGCAGGGUAUGUCCCGCAUCACAACGUUGGCAAUACUCUGCAACGGUAUGUAGAGGAAUCCUUCUCAACAGACAGCUUGUCAUGCACUACUGGUGCCUGCAGCACACGGGCUGUGUUCUAGAUCACAACGUUGCUAAACUAAUCUCUGCAGUUGUAUAUAUAUAUAUAUAUAUAAAGUGUUUAUCAACAACAACAAAACGUUGGUCGGUAAAUCUGUGCAACAUCUGUUCUUUCUCCAUUUCACAGACCUUACAAGUUUUUUUUUAAUUCUGCCUUUUAAAUCUGUAUUUGUUUUUAAACUGUUUUUAACUUGGUUUGUGCAACGUUUUGUGGUGUUGAACAUAUCCUGUUAAAACAGGACUGGGCUCGAGUCUAGAUAGAAUUGUGCAAAGGGAAGCUUGCCUUGCGGUCUUCUCUUGCUUGCGUCCCAAAUGGCACCCUAUAGGGAAUAGGGUUCCAUUUGGUAUUCUCUAUAGGGAAUAGGGUUCCAUUUGGUGUUCUCUAGGGAAUAGGGUUCCAUUUGGUAUUCUCUAUAGGGAAUAGGGUUCCAUUUGGUGUUCUCUAUAGGGAAUAGGGUUCCAUUUGGUAUUCUCUAUAGGGAAUAGGGUUCCAUUUGGGACUCAAUCUCUGGUAUUACUUGAAACUUGAUGUGUAUGGGGGGGGGAUCUUGAAUACUUUUGCUUUCUUUUUCUACAAAAUUACUUUUGUAAAUGUAUUUUCUUUUUGUGACCACUUGGUGUACUAUGGGCAUAAGUAAACAAAUAAACAAAUCAUUUUUACUAAUCGUU